CAAAGGCAGGCAGGAGGGACUGAAGAAAGGAAGGAGGAAAGAGAGAGAAGAAAAAAGUUGCUCGGGCUUCCUGGACCUACUACCUGAAACUACUGAGUGUAUCUGGAGAGCUGGGAUGGCCAAAGGAAGUCCUUCAGUGUCCUUGGGAGAAGUCGGUCUAUAGACGCUUCCUUCAUUGAGAGAGAGGGCGCAACAGCAAGUGUUUGUGGAAGUUUAGGAUGGUGUGAACUCAUUCUGGGAAAACCUGCUCCUCCCUAGUGAGUUUCAGGGCUCCUCCCUGAAUCUUUAGUGUCUUUCACGUACUUAAAGGACCAAGGCAUCUUGGAGGAUCAAGCAGACAACGGCUGGAGAAAGGAGAGAUCUGAGGGACCCUUUGUGGCAUCUUUCCUGCUCUGGACGGGCUGCUCGCAUGCCGACAAGCUCUGGAGCCUGCUUUCUGCUCUGGCGUCAGAUUUCCCAGCCUUUUAUUUGCCUAAAAUUUCCUGCUGUUUAUUUCAAAAGAGACUGUGGAGCUCACGAUGGUUCUGAGUGGGGCACUGUGCUUCCGAAUGAAGGAUUCGGCCUUGAAGGUACUUUAUCUACAAGACAAGCAGCUGCUGGCUGGAGGACUGCAUGCAGGGAAGGUCAUUAAAGGUGAGGAGAUCAGUGUGGUCCCAAAUCGGACACUGGAUGCCAGUCUGUCCCCUGUCAUCCUGGGUGUUCAGGGCGGAAGCCAGUGCCUGUGCUGUGGAACAGAGAAGGAGCCAGUUCUCAAACUUGAGCCAGUGAACAUUAUGGAGCUCUACCUCGGGACCAAAGAAUCAAAGAGCUUCACCUUCUACCGGCGGGAUAUGGGCCUUACCUCCAGCUUCGAGUCAGCUGCCUACCCUGGCUGGUUCCUCUGCACCACGCCCGAAGCUGACCAGCCUGUCAGGCUCACCCAGAUCUCUGAGAACAUCGCCUGCAAUGCUCCCAUCACGGACUUCUACUUUCAGCCAUGUGACUAGGGCUGUGUAGUCCGCCAAACUCCCUAAGCAGAAGCAGAGUAGGCUCCGGGAGUCGGGGGUGGGGCCAGGUCACCUCCAUAGAGGAGCUCCCUAAUGGAUGACUUACUCCUCUUCCUCCUCCCCACAGGACCCCCUCUUCUGACUUAUAAGGCACACAGGCACUC